GCCGGGGCUGGAGCCGGGGUUCCGGCCGCGUUGGGCUGCAGCUCCGCCGGGAGACGGCACGACCCGGCGGCGGGCCACCCGCGAGUCCACCCGCCGCAGCCCCCCGAUGUAGCCGCGAGGAGCCGCGGGGGGGCCGGCGAUCGAAGCCACUAGACGCAUCAUCUCCCAGAAGACCAUGGCUCUGGUGACAAUGGAGGCUUCUCUGUCCUUCCCGUGACUGGAGCAAUGCUGACCUCGGUUUCCUGGACCCAUUCUGACUCAGGAGCCUUCACGUAGAUGGGUCCAGUCAUGCCUCCCAGCAAGAAGCCGGAAAGCUCAGGAAUUAGCGUCUCCCGUGGGCUGAGCCAGUGUUACCGGGGCAGCGGCUUCUCCAAGGCCCUCCAGGAAGACGAUGACCUCGACUUCUCCCUGCCCGACAUCCGCCUAGAAGAGGGGGCCAUGGAAGAUGAGGAGCUGACCAACCUGAACUGGCUGCACGAGAGCAAGAACCUGCUGAAGAGCUUCGGGGAGUCGGUGCUCCGGAGCGUCAGCCCCGUCCAAGACCCGGACGACGACACGCCCCCGUCCCCCGCCCACUCCGACCUGCCCUACGAUGCCAGGCAGAACCCCAACUGCAAGCCCCCCUACUCCUUCAGCUGCCUCAUAUUUAUGGCCAUCGAGGACUCCCCGACCAAGCGCCUGCCGGUGAAGGAUAUCUACAACUGGAUCUUGGAACAUUUCCCGUAUUUUGCAAACGCACCGACUGGGUGGAAAAACUCAGUGAGACACAAUUUGUCGUUGAAUAAGUGUUUUAAGAAGGUGGACAAAGAGAGGAGUCAGAGCAUUGGGAAAGGGUCGUUGUGGUGCAUAGACCCGGAGUACAGACAAAAUCUAAUUCAGGCUCUGAAAAAGACACCUUAUCACCCGCACCCCCACGUGUUCACCACACCGCCCGCCUCUCCUCAGGCAUAUCAAAGCACAUCAGGUCCACCCAUUUGGCCGGGCAGUACCUUCUUCAAGAGAAAUGGAGCCCUUCUACAAGAUCCUGACAUUGAUGCUGCCAGUGCCAUGAUGCUUUUGAAUACUCCCCCUGAGAUACAAGCAGGUUUUCCGCCAGGAGUGAUACAGAACGGAGCGCGGGUUCUGAGCCGAGGGCUGUUCCCCGGGGUCCGGCCAUUGCCAAUCACGCCCAUCGGGAUGACGGCCGCUGUGAGGAACGGCCUGGGCAGCGGCAGGACGCGGACCGAGAGCGAGCCGUCGUGCGGCUCCCCGGUGGUCAGCGGGGACCCCAAGGAGGACCACAACUACAGCAGUGCCAAGGCGGCCGCCGCCCGGAGCACCUCGCCCGCCAGCGACUCGGUGUCCUCCUCCUCGGCCGAGGACCACGACGAGCUCGCCGCGGCAGCCAAGGGGGCCCCGGAGGGCAGCGAGGGCGGCGCGCAGGCCCGCGGGGGCCACAGCGAGGCCGAGGAGGACAAGCAUGGCCCCCGGGAGGCGCCCCCCGACGCCCCGCACAAGAAGCGCCAGCACCUCGCCAAGGCCCGGCGGGUCCCCAGCGACUCGCUGCCCCUCAAAAAGAGACGCACCGAGAAGCCCCCCGAGAGCGAUGACGAGGAGAUGAAGGAGGCGGCGGGGUCGCUCCUGCACUUGGCAGGGAUCCGGUCCUGUUUGAACAACAUCACCAAUCGGACGGCAAAGGGGCAGAAAGAGCAGAAGGAGACCACGAAAAAUUAAAAAAACAGAAAAAAAAACCAACCACCACCACAAAAACAAGUCACUGAUUUGUUUUGAACUGAACGGCCAUUUGGUUUCAGCAUGUCAGGAGAUUUCUAAUGAUUUGUGGCAAUAUCAGCAAUUUCUUUUUUAUUUUUAUUUUUUCUCUUUGUUUUGGGUUUGGUUUUCUUUUUCUUUUUUUUUUUUUUUUUUUUUUUGCUUUCUUUUCUUCUCUAAGUUGCCCCCCCCUCCCCCACCUCCUUUGUUUUGGACCCUUGAGAAUUUUAUGUUUAAAGGAGAUUGAAGCCAUAGACUCAUUGACAUUCAGCUGUUUUUACAAACGCCUCUCAUUAUCUGAAGACAAAACCGAAAAAGCCAAAAUUGAUAUCAUUGCUUCCUCCCGCCGGCCCGAGGCCGGGGCUGGGUCCGCAGGGGUGCCAGGAGGAGGAUGCGGCGGAAGGCCCGUGUCUGGCACCUACGAGGCAAAGUCACCAUCGGUCAGGCCCGACCGUUAGGUUUCCCAGGUCAGGAUGUGCUCCCCGCAGUGGGGUUCACUGAGCGAAUGCACGGGAGGUCCCCGGGGAGAAAGGAAGAGCCCCUCGCCCCCCAGGCAGCCUGCUGUGCCAGGAAACCCUGGGCGCUGCCACUCAGCAUGCGGGGCGGGGGAUUCGGGGGCGCCGGGCCUCGGUGCUCCUUCAUCCUGAAGCCUCCAGGUGUCCCGCGCUGGACACCAGACCAUUCGCGGACACUGGUGUCAAUGACGUAGGAAAGGAAAUGGGGUCAGUUUUUAGUGAUGUUCCUAAUCAAUGAAUUCUGUUCUAUCUUCAAUUCAGAGAAUGUUCCACAAGCCAUAAGCCUGAAGGGUUGGCCCUGCACACACACACACACACACACACACACACACACACGAGAGUGAGAGAAAAGCCACAAACAGGCUGUUUUUCUUAACUGCCCAAGUGAAAAUCAAGUCCAGGAAAUUACAAUAGCUGUCAAGGAAGUAAAUAAUGGUACAAAUCUUUUCUCUGUCUGUCAGAACUAUUUGAUCCGAGCGAAAACAAAUAAGCAGAAAGCUAUGGAGCCUGCCAUUAGUAUGGCGGUCUGUUUUUGAAAGAUGAAAGGCACAUUGAUGGAUACACACACACACACACACACACAAAAAAAAAAAAAAAGAAAAAUGUGGCAAAAAGGCAAAAGUAAACUCCUCUACUGCCCUCAAAAUGGAGUUUGCAAAUAACGUCAGGGUCCACCUUUGCAAAAAUCAGUGAUUUCCACAGUCAGCCCGUUGUAGCCAGCAGAAAUUUCUGAUCCACGAUGCAUGGAUUCCUUCUAAGAGAAAAAGGAGGAAAAAAAAAAUCAUAAAAACACAAAACUUUUUUUUAUUCGAAAAUAAAGUUCUUGUAAGGUAAAUAACGUAUUUAGCAUGAAGCAUGAAUUAUUUUCAUAUAAAUAUAGAAACUAGAGACAAGGCUCUGCCUCUCAUGUUGAAGCCCUUAGGCUUAGAGGUUCUUUCGGUUUUUCUUUUGUUUUUUCCUUUUGUUUUUGGUUUUUUUUCCCCCCCAGUUAUUUUGUUUUGGUUUGUUGUUUUUUUUUUGAAGCAGGUGUUUAAGGUUUAACCUUCUUCAGGGACAAAUUCUGACUGUUGGGGAACUAACUCUGCAAUAUAAAACUAUCUUCGCGUUCCGGUAGGGCCUGCCUUGUCUGCACCUCAGCCCCGACCCCCCUCUGCCUCUCUGUGGAAAGGGUCCUCUCCCGUCCGGACAUGUGUAUCACGACGCAAUAAUUUGAGGGCCAACUUCUUUGUAGCGAGUGUGUAUGAGAGGAUCGAGAGAAUGAGGGGACGCUGGCUGGGGGAAACCACCACCACAAUUUGGUCCUAGG